AUGUACAUACCUUUCGCUCAGCAGCCGCAGCAUCAACCCCAGAGUACUUCUCUCCAGCCUGGCAUUCCCGAUCAUCAGCUGUUCGUGCCAAACAUGACCACACCCUCCAACGUCCCUUUCUCAAACCAGAACGUUGUUUUUGGACUUGGUUAUUAUCCUCAACAUGUCUAUACAGCGGCGGUUGGACACACUCCAUGUCCUUCGGGCCCCUCGAUGUACUUGCCUCCUGGUAGUCCAUAUCACAGCACAUUAGGGCCAGCUGCUCAAGUGCCCUCCAACUUGCCAAGAGAAGGCCGGAAAAAGCCCCCCACAGCGAAUUACGAUAUUUCCAAAACCAUCGUUGACGGCUCGACACCAAUGAGAGCGACAACCGCCCAGAAUACCUCAACAGACUUGUCUCUACCUCCAGGCGUGUCAGGCUCCGCUACGCCUUGGGGGCCCCCUCGGAAGCCCAAGCAGUCCGGCCAUGCUCUUUGGGUCGGGAAUCUUCCUGCGGGGACAAACGUCGUGGAUCUCAAGGAUCACUUCUCUCAAGACGCUACGAAGGACAUCCAAAGUGUAUUUCUCAUAUCGAAGAGCAAUUGCGCCUUCAUCAAUUACAAAACAGAAUCUGCAUGCGUCGCAGCCCUGUCUCGAUUUCAUGACUCCAGGUUUCACGGGGUGAGACUCGUUUGCCGCCUUCGGCGAGGGUUACCCUCGCCAGGGAAGACCCUCAAUAUCGGCUCCUCGGCCUCCUCGACCAGCUCGCCUGGGCAUGAACGCAGUGGCUCGAAGCUGUUAGACCCCAACCCAGAGAUUGAAGAAGAUUUGGAGACGCGUCCUGUCCAUAGCAGGCACGCAAAUCUAAGGCUACCUAACAGAUACUUCAUAGUCAAAAGUCUCACGGUUGGCGACUUGGAAUCAAGUAGACAAAGCGGAAUUUGGGCAACCCAAAGCCAUAACGAGGAUAAUCUCAAUCGGGCUUAUGAAACUGCCUGUAAUGUUUAUUUGAUUUUCUCCGCCAACAAGUCCGGGGAGUACUAUGGAUAUGCUCGCAUGAUGUCGCCUAUCAAGGAAGAUGAAACCCUAGCCCUGGAGAUGCCUGUGCGACCUGACCAUGGUCCUCCUGAGCCGGUGGAAUUGCACGUGGUUCCAACUCAGGCUACAGCCACGGCGCCAACGGGACGAAUUAUAGAUGACUCUGCGCGGGGAACUAUAUUCUGGGAAGCGGAUUCAUCCGAGGAUGAUGACGAUGAUGAUAAGGAAGAUGAUGAUCGUGAUCGUGAUAGUGGAGGCGGUGGUGCUGGUGGUGACGAUGACAAUAGCGUGAAAAAGGAGGAAGGCAAGGAGGAUGAGGGUAGUAAUGCGGACGAGACUGGGAGUGGAAAGGGAAGGAACGCUGCUGACUUAGUCGAAGAAGCUGCCGAGUCGGGAUUCCAAUCGAUAGGAAGGCCGUUCCGGGUCCAAUGGCUUUCAACAGCACGGGUCCCGUUCCACCGCACUCGAGGUCUUCGCAAUCCGUGGAAUGCAAACCGCGAAGUCAAGAUUGCCCGAGACGGCACUGAAAUCGAGCCGAGUGUCGGGGAGAGGCUGAUUCGGUUAUUCCACACGCAACCCCCAACCCAUGGGUUUCCGGUAUAUCACACUUCGCUACCCAACUGA